AUGGCGAGAACUGUGGCGAGAACAAUGGCGGCGCCGUUGCUUUUCCUGAAUUUGAUUAUGUAUUUAAUUGUGCUGGGUUUCGCUAGUUGGUGCUUAAAUCGCUAUAUCAAUGGCCAGACAUCUCAUCCUAGUAUGGGAGGAAACGGGGCGACGGGGCAUUUUCUGACGUUCGCGAUACUGGCAGCUGUUCUUGGUAUAGUAUCAAAGAUCGCCGGCGGCAGCCACCUCAGGGCGUGGCGGAAUGACAGCCUUGCCGCCGCCGGCUCCUCCUCCAUAGUCGCCUGGGCUGUAACCGCACUCGCCUUCGGAUUGGCGUGCAAGGAGAUAAACAUAGGAGGGUGGCGGGGAUGGAGGCUGAGGGUGGUGGAGGGUUUCAUCAUCGUUCUCGGUGUGACGCAGUUCCUGUACGUAAUGAUGCUGCAUGCCGGGUUUUUCAGCAGCAGAUACGGGCCGGGUUAUAGGGACCCGGAUUAUGGAGUUGGUGGACCCGGGGCGGAGCGGCCCAAGGGUGUGACGGGUACUGGAGUCGGAGUUUAA